UAGUUUUCAGCGUGCGGGCAGUAGUCAGCGGGACAGGGGCACGUGAGGUGUGCGUUGUGCUUCAGUGCGCUGCACCGAACCCCCGCCUCGUCCGCGCGACUCCGGCCGGCCGCUGCCAGGCGCUGGUGGUUCCAACGGGCUCUCCGGGAUACCACUGAGUCCAAAGGAGGCCCCUGCCUGUGCUCCGGCUCUGAAUGAGCCGGCCCAGCUUCUGCGGCGGAGUCUUAGCCCCGCAGCUCAUCGCAGCGUCUGUGAGAGGCCCAGGGGGCACGUCCGGACUGGCAGCGAUUGUUCCCCAGGUAAUUCCCUGACCUGAUUUGGAUGAAAGCAGCAGAGCAACUCUUAGUUCUUAGGAAGUUCACAAAACUUCUCCCCAUUUUUAUAGCAUAUAUUUAUGAUAAAUCUUAAACAGCCUCAGAGGUUGGGCAGGCACAAUAAAGUACAGAACUGUCAAGCCUCUUUCCUGGGAAGAGAGAUGCCCCCUCACCGUUUGUACUAGUAGUUUGAAAUAUUUCUUCUUUUGGUGAUGAAGGAUUUUGCUAUUUUUGUUUUAACAAGAGUCUUAAAAGCUCUCUUGUGACCUUUAUUCAAAAACUUUCACAGCUUGACACUCCUUAAGACUUUUACUAUAAACUUCCUCACAAACUUCACUUCCCACUAGAUCUCUCGUGUGGAGUGUUCCCAGUAUAUUCAUUCUCCUCAUCAUGGCUUUUUUGCAUCCCACUAUCUUCUCGGGUUUGCAGACUUUGGGGAAAUACCCCAUAUUUUGGCCUGUUCCAAGGCGCCAACAGCUGUUUGCUGUCCUCCAUCUCCUGAACAGGAACCAUGUUAAAUGUUUCCCUUUUACUACCACUUCUCAAUCUGCAAUACCAGUGGAUCCCAAAGCAACUCAUAUGCUGUCUACUAAGACCAGAUCUAAAGGUAGAGAUGGAGAGGAAAAGGAAGGCAGGGCCAGAGGAGACACCUCUUCUCCUCAUCCUUUUUCCCUGUUCUCUGCUGGAGCUGCCAAGAGGAGAUCAAAGAACCAAGAGGAACUGCUCAUGAUAUCUAAAAAGAAUGGUAUCCGGCCCCCAGAAAAACCUUUGAGUGUGGCGGAAUGGGAAGAGCUGAAGGGAGAAUUUAAGGGAAUUAGCAAGUUUGAAGAUGUAAUGCUAGAGCAAAUGAUCAAAUGCAACAGCUCCAUAGAUGUGGCCAAGUCUUUGCUGUCUAUGGUGGCAAUAAGAAAAGGUGACAUCAGUUAUAAUUUAUUGGUCAAGUACCUGGCUCUGUGUGUCCGGCAGGAGCAGAUUGCAGAAGUUUAUGAUGUCUAUGAUAUAAUGAAAGUCAGAUUUAAGACUUUAGAAACUGGGGCUUACAGCCUUCUAAUCAAGGGUCUGAGUGGUUCCAAUCGGUGGAGAGAGACCUUAUUGCUACUGCAAGAGAUAAAAAAAGUCAUGACCCCGUCAAAAGGGAACUAUGGAGAUUGUAUCAAAGGGGCCCUCAAUAACCAAGAAAUAAACUUGGCGUGUGAACUGUAUCACGAAAUGCUGGCUAAGGAUUUGAUACCAAACUUGGAUACGCUGCAGGUCUUUUUUGAUACUGGCAAAUGCGUGAAGGACGAUCAGUUAAAAAGUGAACUCUUAGGAAUCCUCUUGUAUCUGAGAGAAAAUCAACUAUAUCCUGGAGAAGUUCUUAUGCAGAGCAUAAAGUUAUGGUUUGAAAGCAUUCCAGGAGAGAAAUGGGAAGGACACUUAACUGCCAUUAAAAAUAGCGGAAAAUGUCCAGUUUGUAACCAAAAUCUGGAAGCUAUUCAUCUGAGCCAAGAAGAGUACAAUGCACUCAAGGAAAAAAUAAUAAAAGAUGUAAUCCAGGGAGCUGAUAUAUUCAGGAAGACGACUCCUCAGGAACUUGAAGAAUUUCAAAACUUUGUGGAAAAUCAUCCUCCGUAUGAUAUUGUGAUAGAUGGACUCAAUGUUGCCAAUGUUUCUAACAAAAGGAACCAGUCUCAAACUCUACUUGAUGUUGUCUUCCACCUGGCACAGCAGAAUCUGCGGUUGCUCGUGCUGGGCCGCAAACACAUGCUGACUGGGUCUCAUGGCUGGAAAAGGCACAUUUUGGCUGCUAUGCAGAAGAAAGCAGAUUUCUUCUUUGCUGAAAAUGUGUCAGAAGAUGACCCCUUCCUAUUAUAUGCCACUCUUCACUCAGGAAGUCAUUGUAAGUUUCUUACUAGAGACCUCCUGCGAGAUCACAAGGCUUGUCUUCCCGACAAUCUUACUCGGUAUCUGUUCUUUAAGUGGCAGCGUGGACACCAAAUGGUGCUUUCCCACUACUGGCCAGGAAAGAGAAUAAAAUUUCAGCCUAUUCUUACUUAUGACACUGUGGUACAGACUACUGCUGACACUUGGCAUAUUCCCUAUGAUGAACAGCUGGUGGAAAGAUAUUCCUAUGAAGUGCCAACAAAAUGGCUUUGCCUUCAACGGAAAUAAUAAAGAAUGCAGUUUUACAAAC